AUGUUCAAUUGCUUUACAGGCUUUGCAGCACAGGCUGCCCAGUUCGGCAGUUUCAGCAAAGCACACUUUGCUGCUGAGGACAGGAUUGGUUUCACCAGAACUUCCCUCCGCAACUGCGAAUACUUUUGCGCCAACACAGAUGGCUGCCACAGCUUCGAGUCCUGCCCCAAAACGCGGGCUUGCGUGCUGAGAUCGCAGGCCCUCAAGGGCAACGAGCCCUGGGAGCACUCCACGUACUGCCAGACCUGGUUCCGGAAAGAAGCCGGAUUCUCUCCCACCACCGGUCGCAACGUGAUCUACGAACAGUGCGAGAAGGGCAGCGUGCCACAGGAAGGCAAGUGUGUGAAAGCAGACGGGCCGGCCUCGAUGACCUUCUACCAGUACAGUGCGCAGAGCAAGUACGACCCCGACCGGAAGUGGGAGAACAUGGACAUGGCCAGCCUGGGCGGGGUCCUGUUCUACCUCCACAACGAGGUGGUGGGCGACAACGGCGAGCAGACUGUGGACGGAAAGAAAACAACAAAGUUCGGCAUUGACCGCAUUGUCCGUUUCAAGGUCACUGUGCACAACACAGAUGCCCUCUGGAAGCAGUUCCGCUCACAGUUCGGGCAGUUCAUCCAGUUCGACUACGGCCAGGCCACCUUCGGCAUGCCAAACCACGUCAAGAAAUGCAAUGACAUUUGGACCAAGUUCGGCUUCGAAGUCGGCUGCCAGCCUGUGCCCGAGGGCACCUCAGGCUAUGAAGGUGGCUACUGGACCUCCUUUCCGGGACGCUGUCCGUCCAUGCCUUUUACAGACGACUCACCACAAGGCGGUGCCAAGAAGACUGCGGCCUGCAUGACGCAGUGGCAGGGAGGAAACUGCCCCGAACCGGAUGGCACGCCAGACUGCACCUGGCAUGUGGAGCCAGCGGGCUACGUGAUGCUGGACGAGCUUACCGGCAUCAACAGUGAGGAAGUCCUGAAUGCCGGAGGCCACCUGUACAAUCAGAUCCUGGACGCCGGCACCGGCGGUGCGAACAGUUUCUGGGCGAAAAAGAAGGACAAGAAGGCCUGUGAGUCGCGCCAAAACGAGCUCCUGACCCUCUUUGCGAGGAAGUUCCCGGAUUUUGACGCCGGGCUCCCGGACCCUCCGUGCGACUUCUGGCGCUGA